UUCUGUCAGCACACCCUGGUUCCUAUAGAGAACAUGCAUGAGAACGACUCAUCUGGGUACUUGGAUAGAACUGUCGGCUCACCAGAUUUUACUCAUGUUAAUGACACUAAUGGCACUAAUGAACCAGAUCUGAAAACAUUACUGGCCACCCUAGUAUCGAAUGUAUGUAUUGAAGAGACGCCUAGCAGUAACAUGAUAAAUAUAUGCAGACAAAACGUAACGGAUGGUGCUGUGCGAGCCUUUGCAAGGAGAACCUUUACCCCAGAGGCCAAAUUAAGUGUUGUCUUUAUGGAUGACUUCAAUCAAGCGGAGGGUGCAGUGGAUGAGGGUGGGCCUAAACGGGAGUUUUUCAGACUCCUUAUGGUAGCUCUCAAGGAACGCUCUCUUUUUACAGGGCCACAGAAUAAUAAGAAUCUGUCUCUGGAUAGCCGUGCAUUACAGAGAGGUCUGUACCGAAUAUAUGGAAUAAUGAUUGCGGUGGCACUCGUGCAUGGAGGGUUGUUUCCUUCCUUCUUUUCUGAGAGGCUUUACCAAAACCUGUGCUCUAUUCCAUCAUCAUUACCCACUCUUGAAGAAAUCACUGAUCUGGAUUUGCAGUGGAAAUUAAAAAAGAUCAGUGAGGCAGAAGAUAUUACAGCAGCUAGGGAUGCCAUUAUGGAAGCUGCAGAUAGCCUAUCCUUGUCGGGGUCCCUGGGGCAUAUCACCACCAUGGAGGAACGGGACCAGUUAGUUCAGGCAGCCAUUACUUUCUAUGUGGAAGGAAGGACUGAAGAAGCCUUACUACAAUUUGCUGAAGGGCUAAGCACACUUGGCCUUCUGGACAUGAUGAAAAUUCAUCACAGCGCCUUCAAGACAGCAUUCUGUUCAUCUGAUAAGCCUCUAAAAGCUACAGACUUGAUGAUCUUGUUCCCCUCCUGGAAGCAAUCGGUGGCGACUGGAAACAAAAGUUGAAGGAUUCUGGAGAGACUUCCUUUUAGAUA